AUGGUUAACCAGCUUGCUAUCAGGUUUCUCCUGGUUUCUCCACCGUUCGCUCAGACACGAAUCUUUGAACAUGAUCGUUGCCACGCCGCUCGUCCCCUCUUCACACGCACUUUUUGCACGUGUCAUUACUUCCUCAAAAUAAUAAAUCAUCAUCACAAAUUGGCUGAAAGUCAUCACCUCCAACCCUUUCAAAACGCGCUCUAUUGUGGCUGGCCAAAAAGACAUCUCAAUUUUCUCGCCGAUGCAAGUCCAACACUGUUAAAAGUGGCCACGUCAACUUUCAACAUGUCGCCAUGUCAAAUUUCAACGCAUCGUCAGGAAGAACCUCUGGGACUUUACUCUGCGCAUGAAUUGGGAAUGCAGAGCGCAUCCAAUACGAAGCGAGGUGCAUUCUCCCUGCCCAAACGGGAUGCAUAUCUUUUGCAUCGAAGAUAUUUCAGAUAA